AUGGCGUAUGCUGCGACUACCUCACCGACCCUGGAUGCCGAUACCCAAUCCGACUUAAUAUUUGCGACGUCUCUCUCUCAACCAACUUCUUUACAUCAUGUUGUCACAUCCUUGCCAUCUGGCCCUCUCCCUUCUUUCGCACCCUUUUUCGCUUCUUCUCCGACCUCUACUCCCACCCCAUCCUUCCCUGCUCCCGGCACACCCUAUAAUCUCACAUCUGCUGGCACCCCCUUGCAAUCUGCCAGCGAGGGAACCUUUGGCCGUGUGAAUGGUCUUUCUCUCCCUGUGCCAGGCCCCUUCGAACUUGGCGAGUCCAUGAUGGCCGUUCCCGGAAACGCAAAUACCUCCAGCUUCAGUGACCCUGCUGCUUCCACGAAGGCGCCGGGCCUAAUGCGACGAAUCUCAAGAGGCGCUGCCAACAAACUCACGCGCCGGAGGCAGUCUACGACCCAAAAGGAGAAACGGGACCGAAGCACUGGCCCCAUCAUCAGGCGUAGGCGCAGUGAUAGCAAAACUGGCACUCAACCUGUUCGAGACUGCGCGCUUGAUUCGAGCAACGAGGAUGAAGCCGGCAAAGCCUUGGACAACCUGGGCGCAUGGGGUGGCUCGGAAGCAUCCAGUCUUCGCAUCGAGAGUCGCAUAAACAUGGCUCGCGAAACUGGUCCCAUACCCGUAGUUGCCGUUGCACCCAAGGUAGACUCUGCUGUCCAGCGAGGCACAGUCUUAACCAAGGUAACGAAGAAACGCAGGAAGCAAGUUCGCUUCUUCCUAGAUCUAGAUGCCGCGAAGGUCUUCUGGGAUGUCUCCAACCCGGCCAAACGCUUCUAUAUCGAUGAUAUUAAAGAAAUCCGAGUCGGUGCUGACGCUCGCAACUACCGCGAGGAACAUCAGAUACCUGAAGAUUUGGAGCGCCGAUGGUUCACCAUUGUCAUUGCAGAUUCUGACCGUUCUAAGGGCCGAACAGUCAAAACGUUGCACCUCAUCGCUCCUAGCGACCGAGUUCUUGACCUAUGGAUUACUACCCUUGAGCAUAUCUCUCGUUACAGAAUCGACCUCAUGUCUGGUCUGGCAGGUUCGAGUCAAAGCGAAGCAGUUCUACAAGCACACUGGCAACGCGAGAUGUCGAGACUCUUCCCGCAGGGUCCUCCUCCGGUAGAGGAACAAAGUCUUGAUCUCGCCGCCGUGGAGAAGGUCUGCCGCAGUUUGCAUAUUAACUGUUCCAAGAACAUGCUUCGGGCACAGUUCACCAAAGCUGAUGCUGCUUGUAACGGGAAGUUGCAUUUUUCCGAAUUCAAGGACUUCCUAUUGCGUUUAAAGGAACGAAAGGAUGUCAAAGACAUUUUCAAGCUUCACGCCGCAGACUCAAAGGAAGGCAUGACUCGGGAAGAGUUUUUGGCUUUCCUUUCUGAUGUGCAAAAUGAAGAUGUCGAAUCUGACCGAGUCUACUGGGCUACACUUUUUGACAAGUACGUUCGGCGAGCCUCUAAAUCUCGCAGUCUGUCUGCAGAAGGAUCGGAGCUUCCUCCACCUGUGUCGCGGAUGAACCUGGAUGCAUUUACCGUGUUCUUGUCUUCAUCCAGCAAUGGAGUCUACGCUUCACGUGCUCCCCAGUCAAGCUUCGACCGGCCGUUGAAUGAAUACUUCAUCUCGAGCUCUCACAACACUUACCUCCUGGGCCGCCAAGUGGCUGGUGCAUCAAGCACCGAGGCUUAUGUUAGCGCGCUGCAACAGGGGUGUCGAUGUGUCGAGAUCGACUGCUGGGAUGGCGCAGAUGGACGCCCCAUCGUGUCUCACGGGCGGACUCUAACCACCAGUGUCCUCUUUGCGGAUUGCAUCACCGUCAUCAAUCGAUACGCAUUCAUCACUUGUGACUUCCCUCUCAUUCUUUCUCUAGAGGUGCACUGCAACCCGGAACAGCAACUGGCAAUGGUCAAGAUCAUGAAGGAGACAUUCAAGGAGCGGCUUAUCCUUGAGCCUUUGAUGACCAACUGCCAUGUUCUUCCGUCGCCCGAAGAGCUCAAGGGUCGUAUUCUGGUCAAAGUCAAGACUUGUGACGAGACCCAGUUUGAUCCCCGCCAGAAUGCCAUCGGCUCUGUUGGUACCCACGGCCGCAAACGCAGUGCUAGUACGCCAUUUGUGCGACCGACGCUCCCUGAAAUGAACACCCAGCCUCUUCCCUCACUUUCGAGUCCUCCCACAAUGGGUCCCGUCGACAGCAUCGGCCCUUUGACCUUGCAAGAUGGGCGUUCGCUUACUGCUACGAGCAUGAGCAGUGCAACAGAGGACAGUGAUGCAGCGCUAGUGUCUGUUCAUACCGACACAAAGAAAAAGCGAUGCCAGAAAAGCAAGAUCACUAAGCCUCUUUCUGACUUGGGUGUCUACACUCGUGGCUACAAGUGGCACAGCUUCUCAUCCCCAGAGAGCAGACGAUAUAACCACAUAUACUCGUUUGCCGAACGGUCUUUCGAGAGCAUCUGUCAGAGCCACGACAACAAAGUUGCACUUGAAUCGCACAACCGCAAGUACCUCACGCGGGUGUAUCCCUCCGGCUUCCGACUUCGUUCUUCCAACUUUGAUCCUAACAAGUUCUGGCGCCGUGGUGUGCAGAUGGUAGCGCUCAACUGGCAAACUUACGACAUCGGAAUGCAGAUGAAUCAGGCUAUGUUUGCCGCUGGAACUGAUCGUACCGGUUAUAUCCUAAAGCCCGAAAGCCUUCGUUUACCGGCUGUUGGAGAUGGAAAUCAGAAGCGCAAGAUGGAGCGCAAACUGGUUCGGUUCUCAGUUGACGUCAUCUCCGCGCAACAGCUCCCCCGUCCACGCACCAUCGGACAGGACGACAGCAUCAACCCUUAUGUCGAGAUCGAGAUGUUUAGCGCUGACGAUCGUGGCCAGAGCUUUGUCCUCGGCGAAGGUGGUAUGAAUGCCUCUGCGCGCAACGGCGUGUCUGGCAUAGGAUGUCCGCACCGUCGCCGCACCAAGAUCGAGCAAAGCAAUGGCUACAGCCCCGUUUUCAAUGACAAAUUUAAGCUGUCUCUAGAAACUAAAUACCCCGAUCUUGUGUUUGUGCGAUGGACUGUCUGGAGUUCAAUGGACGGUCGCAGUACAGGCAGCAGCGUACAGCUAGCUACUUUCACCGCCAAGCUCACCAGUCUUUCGCAGGGCUACCGUUAUUUGCCUCUCUACGAUGCCAGCGGCGACCAGUAUUUGUUUUCUACUCUCUUUUGCAAGAUCUCAAAGCAAGAGCCUGUUUCUGUUCAGCGUCUGGACCUCGAAGAGCUCCGCGCCGAGCGUAUGGGUAUUCUGCGCCAAAUUGGCCAGACUGUCUUCAAGCGCUCCUCGUCAGCUGAGCGCGAAAGGGAUCAGGCGCAUGAUCGCAGUGAUUCUCCAAGUCUUGAGGACAAGGAAGGCUCUCCUAACCUCACACCCACCGUGUCAACAACAACGUCGAGUUCAUCAUUCGUGUAA